AAAAAAAUUAUUUUCAAGUAUUGCAUAUCUAUAAGUGGAAUAUUAAAUUUUUUGCAAAGUAACAAAGACUCGAGAUUAGGUCAGUUGUACAUCAGCUGAUGUCUGACCGAUUAUUGCAAAAGAAGUUCUUAAUUUUUUUCAGUUUUAUAAUAUAAAAUAAAUUUAAUAUGCGUUUAGUAAUCUGUGAUACAGUGGAUUAUGUAGCAGAAUGGUCUGCUAAAUAUGUUUUAAAAAGAAUUAAUGAUUUUCAACCAAAUGAAAAUAAAUAUUUUAUUCUUGGUCUCCCAACAGGUGGUACACCUUUGGGAAUGUAUAGAAAACUUAUAGAAUAUUAUAAAGCAGGAAAAAUUUCCUUCAAGUAUGUAAAAACUUUUAAUAUGGAUGAAUAUGUUGAUUUACCCAGAGACCAUCCAGAAUCUUAUCAUUAUUAUAUGUAUAAUAAUUUCUUUAAGCACAUAGAUAUAGAUCCACAAAAUGUGCAUAUUCUUGAUGGUAAUGCACCUGAUCUUAUAAAGGAAUGUGAUGAUUUUGAAAACAAAAUUAAAGAAGCUGGUGGUAUUGAAUUAUUUAUUGGUGGUAUUGGUCCAGAUGGUCAUAUAGCUUUCAAUGAACCAGGUUCUUCUUUAGCAUCACGUACAAGAGUAAAGACAUUGGCGCAAGAUACAUUAGAAGCUAAUGCAAGAUUUUUUGGAAAUGAUAUUUCCAAAGUGCCAAAUCAAGCAUUGACUGUUGGUGUUGGCACAGUGAUGGAUGCUAAAGAAGUAAUGAUUCUUAUUACAGGUUCUCAUAAAGCAUUUGCUCUUUAUAAGGCAAUAGAAGAAGGUAUUAACCAUAUGUGGACUGUAUCAGCUUUUCAACAACACCCACGUACAAUAAUUGUUUGUGAUGAGGAUGCAACUUUAGAAUUACGUGUGAAGACAGUAAAAUAUUUUAAGGGUCUCAGUGCUAUACAUCAAAAAUUGAUUGAGGAAGAUGGAAAUACGAUUCUUCGUCGUUCAGUACAAUAAAAAGAAAUGAGAAAGUACGCGAAUGCAUGUUUUUAAAAUACGUUUGAAUCCUCUUUUAAAAUCGAGGACAAAUCGACGAUAAUAAGUGGGAGAAACGA